AAAUGAUUGGUACGAAAUUUGAAAACGAUUUAAAAAGAAGAAAAAAUCAUGUAUCAAUUAAAAAAGAGGAAAAUUUGUUAUUGUAGAUUUAACUAAUGUCUUUCAAAUUGUGGUCAUUUUUAUUACCUAUUUUACCGUUAGUUUUUCCGUUAGUGUAUGUUAUAUUAGUUUGUUAUAGAGUUAAAUAAUUGUUUGCGUGAAAUGUCACAUUGAAUGAGCUUCGACGUGGAUCGGUAUUCGUCUGCGUGGGUCCACAUCGCCCUUUGUGCGGAUAUCACAUGGGCUACGGAACCACCUGAUGACUUUGUUAUAGCUAAUCAGCGCCUUUGGGCACAACAUUGUCGUGUUUCUCAAGUGCUGCAGGACUCUACAGAUUCACAAUCUUCGCAGUCAAGCAAUAAAUGUGAACAGACAGAUAAUAAACGUUCAACGUCGAGUCAAAGUCAAGAAAAUGGCGGUUGUAGCAGAAAAAGUGUUAAAGACGUUAUACCUGAAUCGAGAUUGGCACAGUUCUAUGGGAAUUUUUAUUACGACGAAGCAAGAGAAAAGUCUUACGCCAGUGCCAAUGAGAAGUCACCGUGGCGCGGGUACAACGGCCAGGGUUGCGAAAACUCCGACCUCACAGAAUGCUGGAUGCUUCCCGAGGUGGAGUACUGGUUCCGUAAGCUGCUAGACGACACGCCGGAGCGGACGUGCUCGCGCCGCCGUCACCGAGCGCCUAGCGACGACUUCGAGCGCUGGGGACCUUGCGACGGGGCCGAGGCGGCGCUGUCGGCGCGCGUGCGGGCCGCGGCCGUGCGCGCGCUGUGGGCGCCCGAGGCCCCGGCCGGCCUCACCGGCCCCCACCCCGGCCUCCCCGGCCUCUCCCGGCCCCGCCCGCCCUCGCCGCCCAGGAAGAUGCGCGCGCGCCGACGCCAGCCGCGCCGGCUGCCGCCGAGAGCGCCGCUGCCGGCGUAUUGUUUGGCGCCGGCGCUGCUGUGCGAUCCCAAGUGCAAGUUUCAGUUCGAAGCGCCCCCCUCGCCGCUCCAGCGCGCCUGCCGCCUGCCCGCCCUCUGCCGCCCCGCGCCCUACCGCGGCACCACCGUCUGCCGCUACGCCCCCACCAACCGAAGAACGCCAGAACGCCGCCUCGGACAAAAAGAUGCCCCGAAACUAGUCCGACAAGAGGUCAAACAGGAAAAAGAAAACGUCGAAGAGACCAAAACCGAAGUGGAAAUUAAAGAAAAAGUCCUAGACGACCAGCAGCCUACUACCAGCGCUGCCGCUAUGGAUGGACUUAAAAAACGAUUGUACAGCACAGUUUUAAGCAUGAGCGCACCCUCAACUAUUAAUCUACAAAACUGUGUCAGAUUACAGAAAUUCACUCCAGGCCUGCUAAAGUUAAACCCAAAAAUCAUACCCGUCAUUCGGGAGAAUAAAUUUGAAGAGCUGGAAAAGGAAGCUCUGGAACAAUAUAAAGCGUCCGACGAAAGCAUUGACACAAAGUUUAACGAAUUGGAGAAACAGGCGGAGGAACAGUAUAGUACCAGUAAUAGUAAUACUAGUUGUAGUAGCGGCGAAAAGAAGGUACCCGAGAGUCCUAAGCGCGCGGCAAAAUUUCACAAGGAAAAAGUCGAUAGCGUCAUGAUAUAUUCCCAGAACUUUCCAGAUUUAAACUCGAAGACCGCCAGUGUAACUAAUCUAAAAAACUUCCACACCCCCCCGAGGGGGGAAAAAAAGGAUCACCACAGACCUAAUAAAAGAACUGUCAAGAACGAUAAUCAACGGUGUCAAUCUGACACCGACGAAGCUAAGAGUCAUAAGAGCUCGCGCUGGACGCUCCAUGUGGUGCCUAAAAAACGGCAUAUGACUUUGUGCGUGUCGGAUUUCUCUUCAGACGAGGAGAUUGAAGGUCCUAGUCGCUCUAUCAAAGACGCUGGUCCCUGUAUUAAACAUUUAGGAAUGCAUUCGGCUCACGGCGGCGGCGAUCUCAUCAUAAGAAAAACUUGACACAGACUAGACUC